AUGUAUACCAUGUUACAGUAUUGGACUGGGGUUGUUGUUUGGAUGUUUCUAGCUCAUCUUGGUGAAACUCGAGAUUGCCCUGGCUCUAGAUUUGGUUCAGAGUGUAAAUUUCGAUGUCAUUGUAAAGAUCAAGCAUCAUGUAAUGUUAAAGAUGGUGGUUGUCCUGCAGGCUGUGAUGCUGGUUGGUCUGGUACAGCUUGUCAAAGGCAGAAUUUAGCCUACCUUGCUCCAGUUGAAAUAAGAAAGGUACCUGAUAGAGGUGUUGAAGUAGUAGAUGAAGAUGUUACAACAUGUGUAUCUUCUAUACCUAACAGAACUGGUUGGUUGAAAAUAGAUCUUGGAUCAAGUCAGUUGGUGUACAGUAUGAGACUAGUACCAGGUACAGUUAUUUUCAGAAUACCAUCACCACUAGAGGUAUUGGAAGGACCUAAUACUAGUAUGAUCAACUGGAGAAUUCAUGUCACAGAUGAGAAUCAUGAUGAUAUAUUUUGGGGUUUUCCAUGUACAACAUUGAAAUCAGAAGAAGGAGACGUACAAUGUGACCAGGCAGAUGUUUAUGGUCGAUAUGUUUCUAUAUUUAGCUUAGACCGUCCGGUUAAUGUUUGUGAUUUUCAUAUUUAUAGUUGUUCAAAUUAUACGUAUGGUAAAAUUAACUGUAAUGGAAGAUGUUCAUGUUUGAAUUCUACAGAAGUUUGUCAGUCAAUAUUAGGUACUUGUAAAUCAGGAUGUCGUCCAGGUCUUACUGGUUCUGGAUGUGAUCAAGUCUGUGUAAUGUCUUAUGGAAGUAGCUGUGUCCAUAACUGUGGUGAAUGCUAUGAUGGUGAAUCUUGUGAUAGAAUUUCUGGUGUUUGUCCUGCAGGAUGUGAACCUGGUUAUACCGGAAGUAAAUGUACAGAAGUUUGUUUACGAGGUUACUAUGGUAUCAGCUGUAGAUUUCCAUGUGGUCAUUGUAAAAAUAGUGCUAUCUGUGAUCAUGUAACUGGUUAUUGUUUGGAUGGUUGUAAAUCCGGAUGGUUUGGAAGAAAAUGUUUAAAAGAAUGCAAGCGAGGGAGUUAUGGAGAAGAUUGUAAAUUUACCUGUUUAAAUUGUAUAUCGUCAUUAUGUAAUAAAGAAACUGGUCUAUGUACUAUUGGUUGUAUAGCUGGAUGGGAAGGGGUGUUUUGUAAUCAAGGUUGUCUAAGUGGAACGUAUGGUACAGGAUGCCGAGAAACUUGUGGCAAUUGUCGAUCAUUACCUUGUAGAAAAGAUACCGGAAGUUGUAAUAAAUUUGGUUGUCAAUCUGGUUUUUAUGGUGAUACAUGCAAACAUGAAUGCCCUGCUGGUAAAUACGGAGCCAAUUGUAAAUUUACUUGUGGUAUGUGUGGCAAUGGUGCAAGUUGUGAUCCAAGAAAUGGCAGUUGUCCAUAUAAAUGUGAUGUUGGUUGGAUUGGAAACAAGUGUCAAUCGGUUUGUCCAGAGGGGAUGUUUGGAGAAGCUUGUAACAGUACUUGUGGUGUCUGUAAAAGUAGAGAACCAUGCGAUCCCGUAACUGGUCGUUGUAAAAACGGCUGUGCCGAAGGAUUCCACGGGGAUAAUUGCGCUGAAACUGGUGGUGAUACAGGAGAUGUAUCCAAUGCUGUUAUGUCAACAUUUGUAUCAGCUGCAGGAGCAAUUGUGUUUUUAUUUUUAACUUUACUUUGUGCCUGUAUCGUCAUAAAAUGGCGUCAAGAAAAGAAUUUAGAAGACUAUGAUCAUAGAGUAAAAAGAAAACUUUUAACUGCUGCAAACGGUCAUGUUUAG